CGCUCUGGCCUUAGGGCUGUUCCGGAAGUGGCACUUUACUAGAUAGUGCCAGUUUACUGAGCCACGUCAGUCUUAGGUAUAUUUUGACCUUAGCAGUGAUCGGGUAAAUACGGUUUUAAUAGGUUGAAUUUUAUAUAUCAUGGAUGAGUUUUUAAGGUAUCUUGUAUGGCAGGGUUGGAUAUAUGUCGAGUGUUGACAGGGCGUGGGAAUUCGACACCGCAGCCACAGCAGCUGCUGAUUCAUUUGCAGCUGUACUACUAACUUCAGACGAUCGCCACGCAAGCCACCUCCAGCCAUAAUGUACAGUCGUUUAGACCUACUGCGGUUAAGGAUGGAUGCGGAUGCAUCAACAAAACCAGAGAAGUGCUAUGACCCCUGUGACCCCACGCUUAAAUUUGUCGAUGGAGAGGAUCAUUUGGAUUUUUUGUGUGAAGGUUUCUCUUCUAGAAGAGCUCAGAUGUCCUGUGGUCAUGCUGUGACCCCAAUGUCUCUCACCAACUGGUGUAAAAAAUUGUUGGAACAGGGUGAGAAGAGAUUUUUUUGUGGCCAGUCUGGUUGUGAUGCAGAGUGGUCUUAUGCAGAGGUUUGUAAAAUGGCUCUUCUAACUGCUGAAGAAAGGGAGUGCUUUAAAGAAUAUAUGGCCCUCAAUGCUGUUGAAACCAGAUCAUGUCCAAGAUGCAAAUCCUCUGUGGUUAGAAACCAUGAAUUUAAUCUGAGGGUCUGCUGCAACGUUUGCACAGCAAAGAAAGGCCGGAUCUAUGCAUUCUGCUGGCAGUGUAUGAGGGAAUGGAAGGGUCCACAGCCACGGCCAGAUUGCUGUGAAAAUGAUGGCUGCAGCAACCUGUCACUGCAAACGCUGAGAUCCUGUCCAGACAUUAACUUUACGUGUGUGAAAGAAAUCACUGGGUGUCCCUCCAUCCGGGCUUGUCCCACCUGUGGCUGUCUGCUGGAGCAUCUCAAUACAAACUGUAAACACCUCCUCUGUCCUCGAUGUAAGGUGAAGUUUUGUUUUGUGUGUCUGAAAAUCUAUACUGAAUGUAGAAAAACAAGUUCCAUUUGUGGACCAUGCUCCACUGGUGUUGCCCCAAGACAGAUCUCCAUACCUGUGUGGUGGCAAAAAUAAGGAAAACAAAACAGGCCAUGUGAUGACAUUUAUUUAGAUUGAAAUGGCUUUGAUAAAUAGAAAUGAAAAUCAUGUGUAUGAAAAACCAAACUAAUAAAAAACCUGGAAAAUAUGAUACGGUAUAUUAUGAGGCAGGUUAAAAAUGGAACGUUAUGACAAUAAAUCUAUAUGUUACUUCAGUACCAUGAACAGCACCACGGCUAUACCAACAACUGCCAACAAGUCAUCUACAACCCAAAUUCCUAAAAAGUUGAGAUGCUGUUUAAAAUCAAAAUAUAAACAGUAUGCAUUUAAUUGCAAAUUUUUAUAGAUCUGUUAUUCUCAAUAGAACACAAAGAACAUGUGAGGUCUUGAAAUUAAGACAUUUUACCAUUUUAUGGACAAUAUUAGCUUAUUUUGAAUUUGAUUUAGACAUAUUUUGUCACCUUAAUCCUCAACCCAUCUUUAUAUCUGAGAGGCUCUUCCUCUCUGAAAUGCUCCUUUUAUAGUCUGUCAUGCUACUGAACUGUUGCUAAUUAACUUGAUUAGAUGUCAAAUGCUUCUCCAGUCAUUUAUGAUUUGUGCGAACUGCCUUUCCAGCGUUUUGUUACCCUGUAUCAAGUCUUUUGAGAUGUUUUGCUGCCACUGAUUUAAAAAAUGAGCUAAUACUUUCCAUGAAAUGGUAAAAUGUUUCAGUUUCAACUCCUGAUCUGCGGUGUAUGCUUAUUUCGAAAUAAAACAUGGGUUUAUGAGAUUUGCAAAUCAUUGCAUUCUGUUUUACUUAAAUUUUCCAAAGCAUCCCAACUUUUCUAGAAUUGGGGUGAAAGCAUCUUGAAGAGAACAUAAAACAAGAUCAACAUAAAUUCAAGAUGCUAGUUGAAUCAAAUGAUCUAACUGAACCCAAAUUAUAAUAACUACUAACUACUUCUGUUACUACUACUACUACUACUACUAAUAAUAAUAAUAAUAAUUCAUAAUUUUUAUUUUACUUAUCUGUAUCGGGAGAUUGACCCUUCUCUAGAUGAACCAGAGAGCAGGGGGCUGCCAUGUUUCUGCACCAGAGGGGCAGUUAAGGCCGUUGCUCAAGGGCCCACAGGCUACAUAAACUAUUUCAAUGAACCUAUACUUUGAUUCAAAUCUCUGUUCUGAGCAUGCACAUGGCAGCAGGAGACAACGCAAAAGAGGCUCUUUUUGUAAAUUAUUUGGGGUUUGAUAGGGCAGGACAGCAUUUACUAUAAGCUUAAUAAAAAAUCUGCUCAUUGUUUACUUGGUCUUAUGUGGUUUAGUGUAGAAAUUUAACUUGUACUUCAUCACUUUUGCAGAAAACAUUCUUAGAUCUACAGGGAUAGAUAUACUUGUUUCAAAGUCUGAUGUUGAUUAAACGUCUACUGCUGUGGCCAUUAUGGGUUUGGAAAAGUCUUCUAGUUAAUACUUACCUAGCUGGCAGUCUAUAUUUAAAUGCCAUUUUUCAGAUAUGUUUUUUUUAUAAAACAACUAAUAUGUUUGUGUUACGGUAAACAUGGGGUGACUUUAAAAGGACUACUGUUCAUUUGUAUAUUUGCAUUUUUCUUUUCAGUAUAGUGCAAGAAUCUAAAUUUCCUCUUUUUUCGUUUGUGAUCAGUAAUGUAUCUGGGAUAUGUUGGAAAAACGGCUUUGUAAUGCAUUCCACCAAAUAUCCUUUAUUUUCCGGUCUAUUUAUUUAUUUUUGAAGAAAAGUCUUAUUGUCUUUUAUUUAGUUUUCCAUUAAGAAUAAUCUUUGGAGCUUCAAGAGGAGGUAAGUCUGCUCAGAGCUCUUGCAAACUCUCUCCCUAGAAGAUUUUGUAAAAGACCAGAUGUUAUUACAUUGGUUAGCUAAUGUAUUGAUAUAAUUUCCAACCUGUCUAUGACCUAGUUUUGCAGAGAAUGAAGUGUCUUUAUUGAGUUUUUUUUUUUUUUUUUUUGAGACAUCAGCAUGUGUUAGCAGCAUGUGUGCUAACAGUUGACUUCAUGUGUACUGUGGCAGAUUUUUUUUUUUUGUUUUUGUAUGUUGCCACUUUUCUGCUUUGCAUGAUAUAUUUUUAGUACUGUACAAGUAGCCUACAUUUUGUUUUUUAUAAUAUGUAUUGAUGUUAAUUAAAAUGUUGGUUCUCAGAGGAUCUUCUGUGUCCAGCUGGUGGUGGGAUAUUUUCAUAUUAAGGAAGAACUUGUGGGAAAUGUAAAAAUGUUUUGCCAAAAGAAACCUUAAUACAUUAGAGUGUAUGGUUCAGGAUAUCUAAGGAAAUUAUUAUAUGUAUCCUCAGUCUUCUUUUGGCUGUCAUGGAGGAGGCGUGCUGAGGGGCUGUGGAGAUGUUUUCUUUUUGUUGAUGCUGCUGAACUUUUCUUCUCGCAUUCUGUGCCAGAAUAAAUAUGCCACCUGUAAGGCUGAACUGCA